CCCGCUGAAACUCAGAUCGACUUCACCACAAUCACUCCCAGCAUCUCCAGCUUCCAAUAUUUUGAGACCAACAUCUUCCAGCUAAGGAUAAACAUUCCUUUGACAAUUAGUAAGCAGGAAUAAGGGGUGGGAGGUUGCAACCUUCACGUGGUACGCCCUCCUUCAACGAAUGCAAUCAACCGGGCGCGCACAAUCAAAUAGAACAAGUUGUUCUACAACUUUAGGCUGUUCACGCCAUACGCAAGCAGAAGCAGGAAGAACAAAAUCUUAAACAUGAACAAAUAAUGGCAGGGCCUCCUCCAUUGCUACAGUGAGACUAAAUGCACUUAUUGCCAUACUGACCUUUCAGGCCUGGCAGAGUAAGGGCAGAAGCAAAUUGGAGGAGCAGCAUCUCAUGUUCCAGGCAGCUUGCAACCCAAAGUCAAUCGAUGCUACAAUAAGGAUAUCACCGCUGCUAAUCACAAGAGCCUAAGGCUCCCAAGCACAGUACACCAUGACCCGCGAGGAGGAGAUGCCAGACUGGGAAGGAGCUCAGGAAUUUUACAGCAAAUAUGACCCAAAGGAUAUUCUUGGCCGGGGAGUUAGUAGCGUGGUCAGGCGCUGCGUAGAGAGGAAGACAGAUAUACAGUAUGCCGUGAAGAUUAUUGACAUCACAUCGGAGCAUCUGACCCCAGAGGAGCUGGAAGAGAUUUGUACGUCAACCACGCAGGAAAUCAGCAUCCUCAAAGAAGUCUCGGGACACCCACAUAUAAUUUCGUUAAAAGACUGCUAUGAAUCCUCAAGCUUCUACUUCUUGGUGUUUGAUCUGAUGAAAAAAGGAGAACUCUUUGACUACCUGACUGAAAAAGUCACAAUGAGUGAGAAGGAGACCAGAAGCAUCAUGCGAGCACUGUUGGAGGUCGUUCAGUUCCUCCAUUCCAAGAACAUCGUGCACCGUGAUCUUAAACCAGAGAACAUACUUCUCGAUGAUGACAUGAAGGUUAAGCUGUCUGACUUUGGGUUUGCCCUACAACUGGCCCCUGGAGAAAAGUUACAAGAACUGUGUGGGACCCCAGGCUACCUGGCUCCAGAAAUCCUCCUGUGCUCCAUGGAUGAAAUGCAUACUGGCUAUAGCAAAGAAGUGGAUUUGUGGAGCUGUGCGGUGAUCAUGUACACGCUGCUCAGCGGCUCCCCACCAUUCUGGCACAGGAAGCAGAUGCUGAUGCUCAGGAUGAUCAUGGAGGGAAUUUAUAACUUCAAGUCCCCGGAAUGGCAAGACUGGUCCGACACUGUAAAAGACUUGGUAUCCCAGCUUUUAAUUGUGCGGCCGAAGGAGCACACCUCGGGACAGCCCCCACUCUCCCACCCGGGUACUCAGCAAUUUUUUGUACAUUAUAUAAACCAUUUCAAUUUGUGGAGAGGUUUCACUGUCAGACUCUACCCUAUUUUCUAGACCAUCAUCUGGACUGUUCUGGCCUCCGUUCGCAUUCAUUACAAGUACCGACGUGCGAAGCCUCCCAGCAAACAAGUGCUCAUCCGCGAUCCCUACGCUUUUAAUGGAGUUCAUAAAAUUAUCGAUGGCUGUGCUUUCAAAGUGUACGGACAUUGGGUGAAGAAGGGUUUGCAACAGAAUCGAGCAGCUUUGUUUGAGAAUUCUCCAAAAGCCGUCCUGUUCUCCCUGAGAGAGGCCACAGCCCAGCUGGCAUGAAUCCACCCUCCCUGUGGUCAAUGAUGUUAGUUGGUAGAAAUGCUGCACGAGUCCGGCACCGAGCCUUGCCCUGCAUGCUGUUUCCAUUUGUCUUUCUGCUAAGUGUGCAAUGAGGGUGUAACUAUAUGAAUGCAACUUGCUAAUGUAAACUUAGAGAAGCCGGGUGGUGGUUCAGAUCCCAAGCAGUUCUGCAGUAUGUGCUGAGAAACAUUGGCAUCGGUGUGAUUUGGUAACUUCACACUGGUUUAUAGUCGACCCCCUUCCCUCUGCCUGCUGCCCCUGCUUGGCUCACACUGUAGGUAUGUUACAAAACCUACCUGAAUCGUCAUUGGGAAUCUGCCCACAGCCAGGUCCGCGAUUUUGGCGCUGUUUGGAGGGGGCGGGUUUAAAACGCGAUUUUUACUAGGCUGUACUAAUCGCAGAUGUUCAGCCUAGUAAAUCAUUAACGAAAAAUUGCUGCAAGACCCGGUCGCAAAAGGUAUUAUUAGUUUUAUAGGCCUCGAUAAUAUAGAUAUAAUAGUUUUAAAAUUACUGUCUCAUUCCGCAACCUCUCGCAGCCCCA